AUGGUAUUUAAUGUUUAUAUGUUUUCUAUUAACAGUAGCAAAUGGUUUUUAACCGUCUCUGAAAAAGACGCUGAAACAAUAAAAACAGCUGCCUCUGUCUCAGCUGUGUUAAUAAUCCAACCCCCAAUUUCUCAGCUGUACUACACACCCCCCACUUCUGACACCGGACUAGGAUGGGUGCACACGAAUGCAAUUAUGAGCGAGCUUCACACCUCAUUGAACAAGCACACAAAACCUCGUCUGCACUGCAGUCUGUCCUCAUUUGCAAGCGCUUGGGCAUCCUUGAUGCCCGCCGCCGGGGCUGGGAACGUUGUGGGUUGGGUUUCUUUUUUCCCCCUUCUGUCAGAAGAUCGGAAAAGGGAAGCUUUGGGCGGUGCGUUGUUCCCUCGCCUCCCCUUCCGCAGGCUGCUCCGCCCCGGCUGCUGUGGAACGCUGCUACCGGUUCUCAGCAUGGCAGUGGACUGGCUCGGCUAUGGCUACGCUGCCCUGGUUGCUUCAGGAGGGCUCAUUGGCUAUGCAAAGGCAGGUAGUAUCCCCUCACUAGCUGCUGGCCUUUUCUUUGGGAGUUUGGCUGGACUGGGUGCCUAUCAGCUCUCACAGAAUCCAAAUAAUGUUUGGAUUUCUCUGAUUACAUCUGGAGCACUGACUGCAGUCAUGGGAACAAGAUUUUACAACUCUGGAAAAUUCAUGCCUGCAGGGCUAAUUGCUGGUGUCAGUUUGCUAAUGGUUGGAAGAUUAGCACUGAAGAUAGUGGAAAAGCCCCACGAUAAGUAACUCUCCAUUUUACAGUUUAAUGUCUGGAUAAGGAAACCCGAUAAUGAAGUUGCACGAAUGCAGAAGCAAGAAGAUGGGACAAUUUUCUAUAUCAAGACUUUUUUUCCCUUUUUUAUAUAAUAGGGAGCAGAAUAAGGUGUCAGUUUCCAUGCAAAGUGCCAUUUGGUUUGGUGUUCUGGUAGAGCUAUUGUCGUGUAGUGAGAAAUUGGUCCUGGGUUUUGUUUUUUGAGACACAUUUCAGAGUACUUUAACACUUCCAGGGUUUAUAUUUCGAAAUGUACUGCUGACAUGUAUGAAGCAGAGAGGACCUGUAAUUAAGGAAGUAACCACAGAGAGGCACCAGGAGUAAUUAUGUAAAUAGAACACUGCAUCUCCUACUGACUAUUACGGUACGCUUUACCUGCUGCAUUCUGAGUUGAUACAUCACGUCUGUAUAACACCACACAGAUCUUGCCUUUUUUAUUGUGAAAUGAUGCCAACAUGAUGCUUUUCUACAAGUAAAAUCUGUUACAAAGCUUUA